AUGAGGAAACGAGUCUCGAGAGCUUGUAAUUUGUGUCGGGCGAGAAAAGUGCGGUGCAUCAUUGAGAAUCCAGCUGGUCCCUGUGUCAACUGCAGACACAACGACAAGGUCUGCACAUUCAAGCGCCGCCAUGGAAUAAUGCACGUCACAACAUCCCUCCAAAACUCUCUUUCUAACCAAAUUGACAGAUCAACGACUCCCUCGCUACGAGCAAACGAACCCCCGACGCCCCGAUCCAUCGAAGAAUCAACCACUACGACAUCCGAACCCCGGAACAUCCUCCCCGCAACACAGAAGACCUCACCACCAACGGCCCCUACAGCAAUCACACAACAACCGCCAAAUUUCGCCGCUGGAUCGCCAACACAUCCCGAUUACGCAUUUCUCCAAGUCCCCGAUACAAAAGACCUGCUCCCGCAAGAUUUAGCAUUCCUCGUUAGUCAAGGAUGUUUUGUUGUCCCGCAGCGCGCGGCGCUGGAUGAUUUUCUGCGACAGUAUUUUCUGCACGUGCAUCCGAUGCUUCCGAUACUGAAUGAGAAGGAUUUUUGGCUGUCGUAUAAUUCGGUGGAUAAUGAUGUCGAGUAUGAGAUGCCGAUGUUGGUGCUGCAGGGAAUAUUGUUCAUUUCUUCGGGGUUUGUUUCGUCGGAAACGAUUAAGAUGCUGGGCUUUGAGGAUGUACACCAGGCCAAACUCGCAUUCUAUCGUCGAUCAAAGCUUCUCUACGACUUCAGCGUCGAAAAGUCUUGCAUCGCCAUAGCCCAAGCCUCCCUCCUCCUCGCGCACACACAUCUCAUUCCCCGCUGCAUAGCAGGCAACAAGCCCCUCGGCUCAAUCUGGCUCGGCAUCGCUAUAUCCUACGCCCGCGUCGCCAAAGCGCACUGCUACUCGUCCCUGCGCCCCAACAAAGACACCGAAGUAGCCAAGGUCCAAAAACUGCGCAACACUCUUAAGCGCCUCUGGUGGUGCUGCAUCAUCUGCGACCGUUUACUUCCCCUAACAUCCCGCCAGAGCAUAAAGAUCACGCCCUCAAAUUUUAGCUUUUCUUGCUCGAAGUUGGGAAGUGCGGAUUUGUGCGAUGAGCUGUAUAAUUCUGAUGUUUAUGAUUCCACAACGAAGACGCUGCAUGCCGAGUUGCUUUCGAGGCUGGUGGAUCUUUGUGUGGUUCUGACGGAUGUUUUGACGGUUACGUCGGUGCUGUAUAAUAAUCCGUCGUGGAUGUUGUCGGGGAGGAUGGAGGUUGGCAAGGAUGCGAGUUUGUGUCAGAUGGAGCUUUGUCGCUGGUAUAGUUCGUGGAGUGAGACCAAGACGACAUUGGAUGAGAGGAUGGCAGAGGAGGUUUCGCCGUCUUCGUCGAUUAUCUUGUUUAAGAAUCUCAUUGAGAUGUACUACCAUUCCGCAAGGCUAUCUGUCUGCCAUUACAACAUUCUUCGGUCAAGUUUAUUACCGCCCUCUCAAUCCGAUACACAGCUCCGACGACAAAGCGAAGAUCUUCAAGGUUCAGCAUCACGCGUGACCGACAUCGGAUGCACAGCAUUCCCACUAGCACUUCAGAUGAUCGACGUCGAACUUCUUCGUCCCAAAAAGCCAGCAUCACCAGAAGAAGGCGUCAAGCUCACCCAAAAAGAACAGCACGUCGAGAAUAUUCUCAAGCAAAUGAAGAGCUACAAGAAGAAAUACUAUAUCACAGACUGGGUCAUGCGAGCUAUUCGACAUGUCGUUGAACUUGCCAGACAACGAUCACCAGCACCAAUGUCCACCGACGACGACUCACCAAGCAGUUGUCUCGAUAUGCUUAAAACCCGGCCGAGCUACUACUUACGACUUGUCAUGACUCUCGAUAUGAGUAUCAGCAACGGCAGACUCCCAGACGAAUGCGAUUUCCCCCCAUCUCUACGAAAGGCAGGUCGUGGGCUAAGCUCCAGAUCCCAGGCAACAUCCAUGCCCACCGUCGACGAACAAUCAAUGAAGCGUUUCUCCGCCAUGAACAAACAUCUCAUCCCCGACAAUCUAACAGAUUUUAUGGACCACAACAACAUCAUGACUUCAAACCUCCAAACUCAAGACCUACGCAACAUCGACCAAGAAGCCUUCUUCAACAACAAACAGCCCUUUCCCGCUGAUCUAACAGCAGCGUUAUGCGAGAUUACGAAUAUUCCACCGCUGGAUUUCAGCGAUAUGUCUUUGAUGGAUUCAACACAUUUUAAUGACUUUGGGGGCGUUCCGUUUUGGCCUUAUGAUUUAUUGGGGUCUCCGCCUGAUCAGGCUGGUGGACAGGUCGAGGAGGUUGGGAUGGGUGAUAUGUUUACGGGACUGAUGGGCGAUAUGAAUGACAAGAAUUAUGAGGGGAGUGGGAAAGAGAGUGCAGCUGAUGAUUUAGUCAUGAAUUCCUUUUGA